AGGACAAGCUUAACUAGUAGGUAUAGAAUUAAAUUGAAAUUCCGGGUAUUCAGGAUAGCUGUAGAGUGUAUCAUUGGGUUUCACAUUCUUCUUAUUCAAAUAUUCUUGCUAGAAUAAUCUGCAAAAGGGGUAAAAUUACAAGAACAUAUGGAAGCAUUGACUUCCCUAAGUGUCCUACGUGAUGGCUUCUCAGUGUUAUUGCUCUUAAGUUUCUGUUUUGUUUCCUUUGUUUGUUUUCCACUCCUAUGAACCUAACUUUCAUUUCUCACUCCACUCCUGUGGGGGAACUCCUCUGUGGAGAGCUGGUCACUGGCUUGUAUCCUUUCUAUUCCUGUCUUUCUUAUCCUGUCCCCUUCAAUAUUCCCAGCCUUGCAGGAGUCUGUGAGCAAGAAGAGCCUCUGGAGUCAGGACAGGAAGCAGCCAAAGGAGCACAGCAAUGGAUUUUUCAUCCCAGGGGAGCAUACACGAGGAGGUGAUCUGCCGCAUCUGCUGGCAGCUCCUCACAGAGCCCCUGAGCCUGGACUGUGGCCACAGCUUCUGCUGCGCCUGUAUCACUGCAAACAAUGAGUCAGUGAGCCCCCUCGAAGGGCAACACUGCUGUCCUGUGUGCAAGAGCACAUCCAAGCCUGGGAACUUCCUGCCUAAUCAGCAGUUGGGCAACAUAGUGAAGAAAGUUGAGGAAGUCAACAUGUGGCCCCACCAGCAGCAGAGGAGAGAUCUCUGUGAGCACCAUGGGGAAAAUUGCCAUCUCUUCUGUAAGGAGGAUGGGAAGGCCAUUUGCAGUCUUUGUGUCCAGGAGCAGCACCAAGGCCACCAAAUAUCUAGCGUGGAGGAGGUGGUCAAGGAAUGUCAGGAGAAGCUAAAGGCAGCUAUGGACAGGUUGAAGCAGGAGCAGCUGGAAGUUGAGGAGUUGGAAGCUGUCAUCAAUGAAGAGAGAGCUACCAGGAAGGCUGAGAGAGAGAGGAUUCGAAAAGAGUUUGAUGAAAUGAGAGAAAUCCUGGACAGGAAGAAGCACAGGGAGCUGCAAAAGCUGAGGGAACACGAAGUGCACGUGCUGGAUAACUUGGCAAUGGUUGAAGACCAGGUGAUCCUAAAGAAGCAGUACACGAGAGAGCUCAUCUCAGAUCUCCAACGUCGUAUGUGUGAAUUAUCUAUAGACACGCUGCAGGAUAUGAUUAACACCUUAAACAUCUUGAAAAGGAAUCAAAUCUGGGACCUUUCAAUGCCAAAAAUUGUUUUGAAGAAACCAAAGAGUGCAUUCCGAUUUCCAGAUCUGCCUCAUUUGCUGCAAGUGUUUAAAGAGCUGGCGGAAGCCCAAAACUACUGGGUGAACUUGAUGCUGAAUCCACUCAACACUCUGUCGAAUAUUGUUAUUUCUGAAGAUCGGAGACAAAUCACAGUUGGGAACUAUUUUAUGUUUGGGAAUGUAUAUCCACGUGAUUUUUCUUCUCUUGAUGUCUUGGGCAGCCAAAAUUUCUCCUCAGGAAAAUAUUACUGGGAAGUUGAUGUAUCCAAGAAGAUUGCCUGGAUCUUGGGAGUGCACAGCAAGACAAGUAAUCUCAAUAGAAAAAAAAGGUCUAGGUUUGUUUUUAACCCAUAUGCAAAUUACCAAAAUGCUUACACCAGAUUCAGACCUGAAAAUGGCUACUGGGUUGUAGGGUUACAGAAUGAAUCUGAGUACAAUGCCUUUGAAGACUCUGCCACCUCUGAUCCCAAGGUCUUGACUCUUCCCAUGGCUGUUGCUCCCCAUCGAAUUGGGGUAUUCUUAGACUAUGAAGCAAGCACUGUCUCAUUUUUUAAUGUCACAAACCACGGAUCACUCAUCUACAAGUUCUCUAAAUGUCACUUUUCCCAGACAGUUUAUCCCUAUUUCAAUCCUUGUAAAUGCCCUGUUCCCAUGACUCUCUGCCCACCAAGCUCCUGAAUGUUCUCCUUCCCUCACCCACUUCUGAGUAGUGACCUUUGUCACUGAAUCUGAGCUCACUGCUCCAUUCAGACCUUCUCUUCCUUGUUGCCUCCCUUCUGUAUAAUAUUUGUUGAUUCUUGGCUUAGAAGAGAAGCUUAUUUACUCAGUUACUCAUUUUCUGUAUUAUCAACAGAAGACAUGUAAUCCCUCUUCAAAACAGGGAAGUACUGGUAUAAUAUCUCUGCACUCCCAUUUCUCCAUAUCUUCCUUUAUCACUAACUUGAAGAGGUGCCAACCAUGGCCUUAGGACAAUCCAUAAUCACCACCACAACUGAGGAGUGUUUGAGUGUAAGUCUGUUUGUUGCCUGACAUAGAGCAGGUUGUCCAGAGAGUAUUUUGUGUGGGAUUUGGGGGAGCACACAAAUGCAACUUAUGUACUCAGAGUGAAUAUUUUUUGUUCAGAGUGUUUGAGUUUAAAUCCUCUCUCUCUUAAUGAUGUUAACAAUGAAUACAUUUUUUUUCUUCUCAUAAAAUAAAAUUUGGAUGAUAAACUGUAUCUAACUUAACAUUGUUGUGUAAAACUAACAUUCACUC